ACGGUAUUCAACAUCGAUCCUCCAGAAGGCACAACAGCUUUCACGCCCCAUCGGUCGAUAUCUAAAUUUUAUAAGGUGCAUAUUCAUCUGGAUGACAGUAAUCAGAAGAAACAGAGGACAGAUCUCUGGAAUUCAUCAUCCACAAAAAAGCAAGGAAAGACCUUAAGCUAUUGGUGUUUCAGCCCUGGAUACAGCAUGCAUGAGCUUGUUCGACAGGGAGUCAGGACAAUUAUCCUUACCAGUGGGACACUCUCCCCCCUGUCAUCGUUUACAAUGGAAAUGCAGAUCCCUUUUCCUGUUUGCUUGGAGAAUCCUCAUGUUAUCGAUAAACAGCAGCUCUGGGUUGGGAUCAUUCCUAAGGGACCUGAUGGAACUGUGCUUACUUCUACCUAUGAAAAAAGGUUUACAGAGGGUUAUUUGUCUUCUCUGGGGAAAACAAUUGGUAAUCUUGUGCGAGUGGUACCCCAUGGACUGUUGGUGUUUUUCCCAUCGUAUCCUGUCAUGGAUAAGAGCCUGAAAUAUUGGAGAGAGCAUGAUUUUGCUAAAAGAAUAGAAGAAGUGAAGCCAAUGUUUGUGGAACCCAGGGACAAAGGAAGCUUUUCAGAGGUAAUGGGUGCAUACUAUGAUAAAGUUGCCUGUCCUAAAUCCAACGGAGCUGCUUUCUUGGCAGUAUGUCGUGGGAAGGCCAGCGAAGGCUUGGACUUUGCCAACAUGAAUGGACGAGGAGUCAUCAUUACUGGGCUUCCGUUUCCCCCUCGUAUGGACCCCAGGGUUGUUUUAAAGAUGCAGUUCCUGGAUGAAAUGAAAAAAAGCGGUGCAGGUGCACAGUAUUUAUCUGGGCGUGAGUGGUACAAUCAGCAAGCUUCCCGGGCCGUUAAUCAGGCUAUCGGCAGGGUCAUCAGACACCGCCAAGACUACGGUGCUAUCUUCCUGUGUGACAACAGGUUCUCAAAUGGUGAAGUGAGAGGCAAGCUGCCUUCAUGGGUCCGCCCUUACGUCAGUGUUUACAACAACUUUGGGCAUGCAGUCAGGAGCGUAUCCCUCUUCUUCCGUGUUGCUCAGGAAGUUAUGCCUCCACCCCUGCCACAACAUCCUUCUGGCUCUGCUGGUUCCCUAAGUGAAAGCGAUACGGCACCGUCUACUUCAUUUGAGCAGCUCCCCUCCCUGAAAAAAGCUAAAAACUUGGACGACCAUGUUCCCAGUUUGAAGAGGAAAAGAAAAGUAAAUGGAGAUGGAGCACCCAGCCUGUGCGUGGAAUACGAGCAAGAGUUCGUCUCGCCUAGAAGACGAUGUGCUGGACUCCUGGAUGCGUUGGAGCGCAGUGAGAAGAGCAGCGAAGAUGCCCAAGAGGAAGGUGACUUGUCAGGAGAGGAGAAGGCACAGCGUCUGUCAACACUCUCCCUCCAGUAUGAGAAGAGGUUAACAGAUGAGCAGAAAGGAGGAAGGAAGAAAAUAAAGCUAGUCAGCAAUACACCAGGUGGUAAGACAACAGACCUGACUGAGCCAAAAAAGGCCAGAGCUACGUCGUACAUCGCAACAGUGAAGGAGACCCUAAGCCAACAGAACUAUGAUCUCUUCUCUAAGGCUCUUCAGAACUACAAGAAGACGGAUGACUUCCAUGCUAUGCUGUCUCAAAUGAGCGCUCUCUUUAUAGAGGACGAAAAAAAGCAUGUCUUGCUACGAGACUUCUACCAGUUUGUUCGGCCUCAACAUAAAAAGCAGUUUGAUGAAGUAUGCUGCAAUCUGACUGGAGUGGGCUGUGGCUACAAACCUGAGCACAGCCUCCUGCAGGACGAGAGGGACACGCUAGCCAAGGACAUGGAAUCGAAACAGAGUCAGCAGAAAACGACCUUCUCAAAGGACUCAUGUGCCCAGCUAAACCCUGGACUCCACCUGAACCGGGGAAGAUUCCACUUGACCACCGGACUCAGUAGUGCAGGGCAGAAUGCCAGCCGAGCUCCAAGGAAAGACACUGGAAAAGCUUCAAGCUCCAGGAGAGAUCAGCACCAGGUCCUCAGGGCGUCCUAUCUCAGCGAUGUGAAAAGGGCUUUGAACCAAAGCACUUACAGCCGGUUCUAUGAAGCGUUGUUAGCUUACAAGAAGACAGAUAACUAUGAUGCUAUGAUAUCGGUGAUAGCAGCCCUCACCACCGAGAGGCCAGAAGACUUUCAUCUCCUACGAAGAUUUUACAUGUUUGUGCGCCCUCAUCACAAAGAGCAGUUCAAGCAGGUGUGCAAAGAUUUGACAGGGAUGGUCUGUGGAGAGGGAGAGAAGCAAUUGCAAGAGCAGCUGCGUGGUGAAGGGAGCCCUCUGAGUCUGGAGAGCUGCUGCGCUAAAGGAGGAAGCAGCCACGUACGAGAUGCAGCCGCUUCGAGGGGUGAGGUGCCAGAGAAAACUCAGAGAAAGAUUUCCUCCUUCUGCUUGAAAAAGCAAAACGCAAAAAGCCAGAAAAGCAAACUUGAAUCGCCAGCGGCCGAAGUAUCAGAAGAAGCGGACAACGUGAGAGUGCCCGUGGGCUCUGAAACUCUGCCUGUCUUCCCCGUAGAGAUGGAACCGGAGUAUG